AAUGAUAUAUGGCGCAAAACCCAUCAAGGCCGUUCGUAAUGCAAAGAGCGUACUGUGGCAUAAAGUACUCAGUAUAGCAGUACUGAGGGUUGCGCGUAAUGGAUAUAAAAGCCGAGUUGUUUUUCUUGGUAGUGAAGCUGUUAGAAGAUGAAGGGUGUGUUAUUGCGGCUGAGUCUUUGAAAAGAUUCAUUGACGAUAACAAACUGUUGCCUUCUCGUAUCAACACUGUCGGUGUCCCAUUUGACAACACGUUUGAUAACUAUAAUAGCCUUCACAAUCUAAGCAAGCCGUCUGUUUUGGUUGAAUAUUACCAGCUUCUGGUAAAGUUAGUGCAUGAUAGUAACAGAUGUGCUUCCCACCUAAAAACCCUAAUCGGAAUUCAAAAUAAAUUUGAAAAGGCUUUCAGCACAAGGCGCAUAGAUCUUCAUAUAGUCUCGAAAGAUCACAAAAGGUUACGGAGGCCUUUAAUAAACCACUUGCAUCAGCAUUCAAAGCUGCAGUUACACAUUCUUGCUCACCGUACGGCAAUUUAUUGUUUGGAGUUUGAUAAGCGUGGGAAUUAUGCUUUCACAGGAUCCGACGAUUACACCAUUAAAAUCUGGUCUGUAAAAGGAUCAAGUACACCGUCAUGUACCCUACGCCAUACUCUUCGAGGUCAUGUUGCCGAAAUAAUUGAACUAACUGUAUCUAUCGACAACCAUUUACUCGCAUCAAUAGAUUCAAACUGCUGUUUAGUAAUAUGGUGCCUGAAAACUGGACAACCAGUAGUAGCUGUUCGAGGAUCACGUAAUAAUCGGGUACUGUCUGGUCUCGCUUUCCUCAAUGUACCUAAAAAAUUGGGGCCAGUGAACAAAGAUUCAUUGAAUUCGAAUGAUGUUAAUCAUCCUUCUGGUAUGCUCAUAGUAUCAUCCUUUGGUGGUUAUCUUCACAUCAUACCUUAUAUUCACACCGUUCAUCAUGCUCAUCGUGAGGAUGAGUUCGGUAAUGUAGCUAAUCAUUUUGAAAAUAGAUGGAUUUGUUGUGCUGUCCAACUACUUCCUACGAUUCGUUUUACAACAGCUCCUGAAGGUACACCGAAUAUAUAUUGGCCAUCCAUUGCAUGUAUUGAUGUCAGUCCUGGUGGACUCUUAGUUGCAGCCGGUUGUUCAGAUCAACGUAUUCGUUUGUAUCAGUUCAUGAAUCCACUCAAACCCGAACCAGCUGGUGUACUGGCUGCUCAUGAGGAAAGUGUCAAUAGCGUAGCAUUCAGUCAUUCUGGAUUAAAAUUGGCCACCGGCAGUUCAGAUGGUGGAAGUUGUUGGCUGUGGAAAUUCCAAGCAGGUCAAUGGAGAAGUAUGACGUUACUAUUUCGUAAAAGGGUAAAAUGUCGACCUUGUCUUUUAAUUUGGUCAAUACAUGAUCAAUACUUAAUUGCUUCAAUGAAGAAUGGAUCAGUUUAUAUAUAUUUUGGUCAUAGUGGGCAAUUGGUCACAAUUAUUGAAGGACAUGAAGGUGCAAUUCACGCUGUAUCACCAUCACCAUUUGAUGAGAAUAUUUUAGCUACAGGUGGAGUUGAUGGUCGUUUUCAACUGUGGAAUAUUUCAAAUCUUCGACGUUUUCAACAAAACCCGCAACAUGAUGAAGAUAAUCACCAAUCAAUAGAUAAACCUUUAUUAUUCCAUUAUCGAUUUCCUCCUGGUGAUUUAGACAUAAUACAAGGAUUAGUAUGGCGUUUUGACAACCCACCAGAUGAUCAACCUAUAUGGUCUGGUGCAAAUACAACUGCAGUUAAUCGUAGAACUACUCGUGAUAACCUACAAUUAUCUGCAUUAGAUCCGUCAAAUCACACAAUUGAUUUGCUAACUGACAAUACUACUAAUAGCACUAUUAGUAGUAGUAACAAUUAUGGUAAUAGUGCAUCUUCUCAUCGUGCAUUGACAGGAUCUCGUUCUCAGUUGAAUAGUACUGCUACUAGAACAAGUUCAUUGUCUAAUACAAAAAUGCAAAGGAUAACCGCUUGUCGUGCAAUACCUACCAUUGAAGGUGUUGGAUUUCUUGUGGUUACUAAAAGUGGUGUUAUGUCUUUAUUCUCUCCGGCAGACGAGUCUACAACAACUGAUUCAUCAUGUAAAUAUAAUAUUCAGUCAUCACCAGUUGAUGAACAGUUUCUUCAUUGGGAAUUGGAUACAGCGGAAUGGAGAGAAGUUGUACCCGAUCCUAGUAGUAGUAAUAAUACUAAUAAUGAUAGUAAUUUUAAUUCUAACGUACUUCGUAUCUAUGAAAAUACUCUACAGGCGUUAGGAAGUCCACCAGCUCAACAGUCAGCUAAUUCACCAUCAAACGGUCGAGUUAAUUUAUCACGAGAAAAUUCACAAAAUAAUCAUCAUAGGGAAUUAAUUAAUAAUCAUAACAAUGAAAAUGAUAAUAAUAAUUCUGGUCGAAUCAUUCGUUAUAGACCUCCUCCAGCUGUACUAUAUGAAAUUAUACAUGCACCUAGCGGUGUGCCAUUUCAUCGAUUACCACCGGGUUAUUUAACCAAUUUAAGAGGAUUCCCAUAUCCAUCAAAACGUCAAUUACAAAUACCAGGUCGUAGUCAUUUAAUACAACCAUCAGAUUUAUUACCAUCAGUCACAUUAGAUGAAGAAACUGGUGAAGAUAUUGUUGUGGAUGAUAUUCAAUUUUGUCCAAAUGUUCCAAUCGAUUACUGUCCAAUACCUGAAUUAUCGAGUACUCAACCGAUUUAUGGUAAAAAUUAUCUUUGGUGCUCACCAUGGUUAACUAACAAAACACCGUUGAUAGAACCUUUGGAUUCGAAUGAGUUGAAUUUAAAGUUCGUUGAACAGCAACAACGUUAUGAAGAUGAAAGAAACUUCUUUUCUGCCGGUGGUGAACCUGUUGUGUCUUUCGGAGACGAGUUUAAUAGUUCAAAACAUUCAACUGAACAAAUUAUUAUUAUGCAACCAGAACGUAAUUGUUUCCGCCAAUCACAAAUAGCUUGUCAAAAAUCCUCUUCUCUUUCAUUAUCAUCAUCAAUACAUUACAAUAAUGAAAGCAAUCAUAUAACCACUAAUCUGUCACCAACUAUUAUUAUCAAAGAAAAUAAAGAAAUAGAUGCAUCACUGGUGAAAAAUCAUUGUUCAAAUCAAUUCAAUAAUAUUUCCGAUGAUACAUUGAAUGAAUCGAACAGUUCCAGUAUUGCUGGUCCAUCAUUUCUCCAUACAUAUUUAAGAAAAACAAGAAAUGAAGUAAAUUCGACUAAAACUCUACGUGUGUCAACAAGAUCUGAAACAGUACCUCAAAAUAAAUCAAAUCAAAUUUCAAACUCGAUUUUAUCUCCGAUGGAUGAACAAGAUGAUGCUGAUGAUCAAGAUGAUUCAUCUGAAGAAUCUGAAUGGUCAGCUCAUAUCGAUGUUGAUAUUGGCUGGUGGAGUCGGCAACGUCGUCGAAGAACUAGACGUCAAGUUAGUACAAAUGAUGUAUUAGCUUCCAAUGAUACUGAACAAUUGAGUUCAAACAUUUUGAAUCGUACCGAGAUGGAUCUUGAUAAUGAUGAAACAAAUGAAGAUCUAACUUCUUUAUAUGAUGUUGGAGAAGCAUCUCUCUCCUCUGGUCAUACAGACACAAAUCAAAAUGGGCCAACUACUGAAGGAAGUAUCCGACGAUCUUUACGUCAACAACGUCGUCUUUUAGUAAAACGAAGACUAAUGCGAGAAGCUAAAAAAGCAGAAGCAAGAGCUGCUCGUGCAGAAAUCGAAAAGAAAUGCUCUGUUGCUCGUAGAUCCAGACGUUUUCUCAAUCUAACAAGUGAUGAUUGCAGUAGAAUAGAUGAAGAUUCCACUAGUCGGGAUACAUGUAUACCAGAAUCUUCUAGUCGUAGUCAAUCUACAGAAGCAAUUACACCUAUUCCCAUUGAUACAUCUUCUAAAAGAGAACGUCUUAAACGACGUUUAAUUCGUAGUCUUGAUUAUGCUGUGAUGUUAAUCACUAAUGGUAUUCGGACUUGCAGUAGAUUACCGUUAACUCGAAUACCGUUAGAUUGUUAUCUAUCUCCUGAAUGUGAAGGUUACGAAGAAGAAUUAAAUAAAAAUGACUUCAUUCUUCCAAAUACUGAUGUUAAUCAUUGGGAUGGUCCUUAUUUUGAUUGGUUAUCUACUGUUCGACCAUCAGCUUCCCCUUAUCUACCUCAAACUGGAGAUCGCGUCGUCUAUUUAUAUCGUGGUCAUCAAGAUUAUUUAUCAAAAGCUUGGGAAUGUGGCAAUCUACCAUUAAUGGGUAAUUUAGAUCAACAAAAAACAAAUUCUCCAUCUUCCUUACCUUGGAUUACUUGGCCUGAUUUACCGCAAUUUCUAUGUUGUUCAGUGCAAAAAAUCACUUAUCAUAUUGUACGUAUAGCUGGUAAUUAUUAUCAUCCAUCAAAUGUUUCACGUUCAUCAUCAUCAUCUAUUUCAUCAUCAGCUGUACAUUUAAAGAAAAGAACUAGAAAAUAUUUAAAUACUAAACUUUUAAGACAAUCAAAACAAUUAAUUAAUUUGAAAGAUCUAAAAUUAUCUUAUCAUAAAGAAUAUAAAUCAACUAAUCUAGCUUCUACUUCUUCCUUUUCUAAUACUACCACAAUGUCUUCAUCAUCAUACAAUAAUGAUUAUCCUAUUGCAUCGACUAGUCUCAGCUAUGGUAAUGCUUAUUCUUCAUCAUUAUCAUCAGAUGAUGGAGAUAGUUUUGUUCGACUUAUCACUUUACAGUUACAAAUUGAAGAGAAUCAACCUUAUAGAAAAUUAUCAUGUGGAAAAAUCAAUACUGAACAUUCUAAACAUUGUUAUGAUGAGAAACAACAAUAUCCCUCGAAUACUAUUCAUGUUACUUAUCAUGAUGUAGAUGGAAUCUUAGAAUUUAUUAUACUUCGACGAAUAUUUGAUGCAUCAUUAAAACAGGAAUGGAAACCAGGUGAUAUGUUUAUAUGCCCUGUUGGUGGUGAUUCGUGGUGGCGUGGUCUUGUAAUUCGAAAUCUUUCAGACGAUGAUUUAUCAACAUUACAACCUAGCACUUCCCUAGUAGAAAUUAAUAAUGCAAUGCAUUCUUUAAACACUACAUAUUUAGUUCGUUGGUUGGAUGAGAAUGAACCAUGCUAUGAUGGUAUUACUGGUAGUGGUAAUGAUAUCACAAUCAACGAUAACUAUUCACAUAAUUUAUUAGCUUUAUCAGAAACUAACCAUACUGGAUCACUAAAUAAAUUACCAGAUAAUAUUGAUCAUGUUAAUUCAUGGGAUAUGUAUAAAUGGUAUGCAGAAUCUGUUGAUAUUGAUAACCGGUCAAAUAAUGCAACAGACUCAGAAUUUACAUUAUAUGGUGGUUUAGUUGAUGGUUAUGUACAUAUUUCUCAUGAACAAAUAUGUUUAUUAUAUGGUACUUCGAAAUUUUGGGAUAUAACUAAUCAUUCAACUGCCUAUCUUGCAGAAAUUAAACGUCUCGUUGAGUGCAUAACUCAGAUUAUGCAAUUAGAUAUAAGUGAACAAUUUAUUAAUCCAGUUGAUUUAGCUGCUUAUCCUGAUUAUUUAUUUAUUAAUGUUUAUCCAGUUGAUUUAAAUUUUAUAUUAAAUCGUUUAUUAAAUGGUUUCUAUCGUCAAUCUAUAUCAAUUCAAUCAGAUUUUUUACAAUUACUUGAAAAUACUAAACGUUAUAAUUUACCAGGAUCAUCAAUUGUUAAAAAUGCUCAAUUCGUUUAUGAAUUAGGCUUGUAUUGUAUAGAAAAUAAAGUGACAUGUGAUGAAGUUUUACGCCGAUAUAAGCUUCUCACUUCUACCAAUAUACCUUCUCCAAAUUUGGAGAACAGUGGUCAAAUCACUGCAACAACUUCAUCGAAUUCAUUUAAUGAUAGUCUAACUGUUGAAAAGCGUACUCGAACCAAGCCAUGUCAUAUUGAUAGAAAGGAAAAAAUUGUAAAUAAAUGUUAUUCUUCUAAGCAAAGGAAAGAGAUUCACCAACGAAGGUCAUUAAGACUGAACCAAUCACUAUCAAAACGUUCAUAUGGUGUGUAUCUUAAUGAUAAUGAUGAUGAUGUGAGUAAUAAUUCAACCAAAUUCAAUAAACAUCAAAGACAUUUUCAAAUGGGAGGAAGAAUAUCUACAAGAAAGAAAAUGUUGACAAAUAAUAGUUCAGUUACUUGUGGUUCUUCAUGGAUUUCUGAUGCUUUGAAUCUUAUCCAAGAACUGUUGAAUCAUCGUAGAAGUUUUUACUUUCGUGUACCAAUUGAUCCUUUAGAAUAUCCAGAUUAUCAUAGUAUCAUUGAACGUCCAAUGGAUUUAUCUACUAUUCAAAAGAAACUCAUAAAUACUCAAUCAAGUUUGCAUUCAUCAUCAUCAUCACCACCAACAACAAAAUAUCAUAUUCGUAGUCGUAUCCAACAAGAAUAUAAUCCUAGCGAUUUGUUAUUUGAUUUAAAUUUGAUAGUAACUAAUGCAAAAUUGUAUAAUACUGAUCCUGAUACUCAAGUGUUUGAUGAUACUUUAUGGUUGGAAAAUUGGGUUAAUGAUGUAAUGACACCUAGUUUGUUACGAUUUAUUGAAUGCUUUGAUAAUUAUGAUACGUCUUCUUGUACGAAAAUCAAAUUAGAGGCAAUUUCUCAUCAAGACAUGAAACAUGUCAGUCAUUCUAGACGGCGUUCAUGUUCAACACGAUCUGGUAAUACUUCUAAUGAUGAAAAGAGCUACAUAAUAAAUGAUGGAACAUCAUCGUUAUCACCACCAGGUUUGUCUUAUACGUGUUAGUGUUUGGAAACAAAGUUUGUUUCUCUUUUUAUUUUCGCCUUAUGUUACCUGUUGAUUGGUUUAUUCAACUGAAUUAAUAAAUAUCAGUCAAGUAAACUUCUACAUCGGAGUAUUUUCCAAAAAAGAUACGAUGAUAUCUCUAAAUUAUUCAAAAGUUAUAGUUUUAACCAAUAGCAUUAAGUAGGAUAUCCUUAAGUUACUAGUAAUCCAUUAUAGAUGUCUUCGAAACAUUUCCCUCGUAUAUUUGACUCAUUGGUUUACAGUAAUACCGAUAUUAAAUGUCGGGUACUAGGUGAAUAUGAGAAAUCAGUUGAUGAAAUAGUGGAUCUUCAGCCACUGAGAUAAUUGAGUAAUGUAUUACGUAGGAUCAACCAUUACGUACUUUGGCAGAUGUUGUUUUCUACUAUAGGAAAGGAAGAAAUCUAAACUGGAACAAAUCAAGAUGUGUUAUCAGUCAGUAAAGUCACUGAAUGUUGAUAAGUCAAAACUAAGAUGUUAGCGUCGGCACGUUUAUUGUAAUUAAUCUUUGAAGAUGUUUUUGACGUGACUCAAAAUCAGUUACAAUGACUCAGGCUCAUUUCACGCUUUGUUGUUUCUUAUAUUCUAAGUUUUUAAAUUACUUUUUUUAGUUUUUCUAAUUUAUAUUUUCUUGACUAGUAUCCUCGAUAAUUAAUCUUUCUAUUAGCACUAAUACUACUGCCUCUGCAAUUCUGUGAUUUGUCUUGAUAAUUUUAUCUUGUAUAGUAACUUCAACUGAUAUACUUAUAUCUCAAGUUUUACGUUGCGUAUAACUGAUUGAAUUAACAUGAUUCUCUUUUAUUUUAACUACUGCAUGUCUGAACUUAUCCACAUCACAAUAUUAUUGUCCAUAUAAAGACUAGAAUUCUGAGGUGAGUUUUGUACAAAUACCAAAUAGUUAUUCAUAAAAUACUGUGCUAAUGGUUAUAUCCUUUCAGUAUCAACUACUCUCUGAUUUGCAAUGUUGCUGAUACAAAACAUGAACGUUUACCACAAUGAAAUAAGUUUUAUUACUUAACGUGACUUAUGUCAAAGAGGAUAUUUUAUAAAAUAGAUUUAAUGUGGGUAGCGUUGGAAUCCAGAACGCGUGUCCCAUUCUAUUUGGGACUCGUCACUUGAAUACACCUGCAUCUCAGAGUUGAUUUUUAUUUCAGGACUAACUCAAACUGUGUACAGUUCGCUUCAAACGCCAUCUCGUUAUUCAUUUAGCUACUGAGUUAAAACAGCUACUCACUUGUACGACAAAUAUGAGUUUUAACUUGAAAUGGAUUGAACUAUUCCAUUGUUGAUUUUUUUUUGUGACUGAAAUUCGAUCAAUCAUGGGUGAAACAUGCAUGGUAGAUUCCACUGUUAGCCACACUCCAUCUAUGCUAUUUUGUAUCGUAAAUGGCUAUAUUGAUGCAUUCCUCAUAGCAUUUAAAUAUGCCAACUACGAAUCAUCAAAUUUCCGUCAAAAUAUCAACUGUAGGAUAAUCCAGUUGAACUAGAGAGGUGAUUGGUUUUAUUUGUAUUGAUUUUUACAACUAGUGUAGUACAUG